AUUGUUUUUAAUUAAUUCGAUUGCUUAUAAAAGUAAUCGUUUGAAAAUCACUAUGAGUCAUUUAUUUUACAUCUUCAUCCCCUCCGAUCCUCACAUUCGUGGAUCCCUUACUCAACACACCACAGAAAAAAUAUGAGUUCCAAAGGUGUUGAUGAGCAGUGCCUGGGAUGGGCGGCAAGAGAUGCAUCCGGAGUUCUAUCACCUUACAAAUUCAGUCGCAGGAAUCUUGGGAACGAAGAUGUUCAUAUUAAAAUUACACACUGUGGUGUUUGCUACGCUGAUGUAAUUUGGACAAGGAAUAAACAUGGUGACUCAAAGUAUCCUGUUGUGCCUGGUCAUGAAAUUGCUGGGAUUGUGACAAAGGUUGGCCCUGAUGUCCACCGUUUCAAUGUUGGUGACCAUGUUGGAGUGGGGACUUAUGUCAACUCGUGUAGGGAUUGUGAGUAUUGUAACGAAAAAAAAGAAGUUCUUUGUACCAAGGGAUCAGUCUUCACUUUUAAUGGUGUUGAUUUUGAUGGUACAAUAACAAAAGGAGGAUACUCAAGUUAUAUAGUAGUCCAUGAGAGGUACUGCUUCACGAUACCAAAAGGCUAUCCAUUGGCUUCAGCAGCUCCUUUGCUUUGUGCUGGAGUUACUGUUUAUUCUCCGAUGGUGCGCCACAAGAUGAAUCAACCUGGAAAAUCUCUUGGGGUGAUUGGUCUUGGUGGCCUUGGUCAUAUGGCAGUGAAAUUCGGAAAGGCAUUUGGUUUGAGUGUAACAGUUUUUAGCACUAGUUUGUCCAAGAAAGAAGAGGCACUGACCUUGCUUGGUGCAGACAAAUUCGUUGUUUCAUCUAAUCAAGAGGAAAUGAAGGCGUUGGCUAAAUCGCUGGACUUUAUAAUCGACACAGCAUCUGGUGAUCACCCAUUUGAUCCUUACAUGUCACUUUUGAAGCCAUAUGGUGUUUUUGUCCUAGUUGGUUUCCCUAGUGAAAUCAAAUUCAGCCCUGCAAGCCUUAAUAUAGGAUCAAAGACUUUCGCCGGAAGCGUUACAGGUGGUACAAAAGAUAUACAAGAGAUGAUUGACUUCUGUGCUGCAAACGAUAUUCACCCAAGGAUAGAGGUGAUUCCAAUCGAAUAUGUCAAUGAAGCUCUUGAGAGGCUCGUAAAUAGAGACAUCAAAUACCGGUUUGUAAUAGAUAUUGAGAACUCCCUAAAAGAAAAUUAAGUUGCUUGCAAAACCAGACAUGAUUGGAGUUUAUCAUGUUAAAAAGGUAAUGAUGCUUAGUGGUCAUAUUUACUUCCAUAGACAUGGUUCCAAUGGAGCGUUCAGUUUAAAUAAAAUGUUGAAUUUUCUUUAACUGUUUUGUGUAACUGAUAUGAUAUGAUUAUUAGAAGAUUUUUGGUCAUGGAAAUUAAUAUUGUGUUAUUUUAAUUUUA